GGAGAAUCGGAAAGCGGAGGGUGGCCGUGGGAGGCGGGCGCUCGGGAGCGGCGGGUGCUCAGGCCGCCGUCCGCUCCGCCUGAAGCACGGAGCAGCCGAGCCGGGGCCCGCCGCCCUCCUCCUCCAUGAGGCCCGAGUGAGGCGCAGCUGUUAGAGCCGGCCCGCGGCGCCUUACCUCCGCGUCCUACGCCGAGCGCAGCGGCAGCGGCCCCUGGAGGAGGAGGAAGAGCAUGUCGGACGGUUUCGAUCGGGCCCCAGGUGCUGGUCGGGGCCGGAGCCGGGGCCUGGGCCGCGGAGGGGGCGGGCCUGAGGGCGGCGGUUUCCCGAACGGAGCGGGGCCUGCUGAGCGGGCGCGGCACCAGCCGCCGCCACAGCCGAAAGCCCCGGGCUUCCUGCAGCCGCCGCCGCUGCGCCAGCCCAGGACGGCCCCGCCGCCAGGGGCCCAGUGCGAGGUCCCCGUCAGCCCCCAGCGGCCUUCCCGGCCCGGGGCGCUCCCAGAGCAAACUAGGCCCCUGAGAGCUCCAUCUAGUUCACAGGAUAAAAUCCCACAGCAGAACUCGGAGUCAGCAAUGGCUAAACCCCAGGUGGUUGUAGCUCCUGUAUUGAUGUCUAAGCUGUCUGUGAAUGCCCCCGAAUUUUACCCAUCAGGAUAUUCUUCUAAUUAUACAGAAUCCUAUGAGGAUGGUUGUGAGGAUUAUCCCACUCUAUCAGAAUAUGUUCAAGAUUUUUUGAAUCAUCUUACAGAACAGCCUGGCAGCUUUGAAACUGAAAUUGAACAGUUUGCAGAGACACUGAAUGGUUGGGUUGCAACAGAUGAUGCUUUGCAAGAACUUGUGGAACUCAUCUAUCAACAGGCCACAUCUAUCCCAAAUUUCUCUUACAUGGGAGCUCGCCUGUGUAAUUACCUGUCCCAUCAUCUGACAAUUAGCCCACAGAGUGGCAACUUCCGCCAAUUGCUACUUCAAAGAUGUCGGACUGAAUACGAAGUUAAAGAUCAAGCUGCAAAAGGGGAUGAAGUUACUCGAAAACGAUUUCAUGCAUUUGUGCUCUUUCUGGGAGAGCUUUAUCUUAACCUGGAGAUCAAGGGAACAAAUGGACAGGUUACAAGAGCAGAUAUUCUUCAGGUUGGUCUUCGAGAGUUGCUGAAUGCCCUCUUUUCUAAUCCUAUGGAUGACAACUUAAUUUGUGCAGUAAAAUUACUGAAGUUGACAGGGUCAGUUUUGGAAGAUGCCUGGAAAGAAAAAGGAAAGACUGAUAUGCAAGAAAUUAUUCAGAGAAUUGAAAAUGUUGUCCUAGAUGCAAACUGCAGCAGAGAUGUAAAACAGAUGCUACUAAAGCUUGUAGAACUCCGGUCCAGUAACUGGGGUAGAGUUCAUGCAACUUCAACAUACAGAGAAGCAACACCUGAAAAUGAUCCUAACUACUUUAUGAAUGAACCAACAUUUUAUACAUCUGAUGGUGUUCCUUUCACUGCAGCUGAUCCAGAUUACCAAGAGAAGUAUCAAGAAUUACUUGAAAGAGAGGACUUUUUUCCAGAUUAUGAAGAAAAUGGAACAGAUUUAUCAGGGGCUGGUGAUCCAUACUUGGAUGAUAUUGAUGAUGAGAUGGACCCAGAGAUUGAAGAAGCUUAUGAAAAGUUUUGUUUGGAAUCAGAGCGUAAGCGAAAACAGUAAAGUUAAAUUUCAGCAUAUCAGUUUUAUAAAGCAGUUUAGGGUACAGUGAUUUAGCAGAACACAGGAAAGCAAGAAAAUGUGUCACACUUAUACCAAAUUAAGGAUGUUGAGUUAUGUUACUAAUGUAUGCAACUUUAAUUUUGUUUAACACUAUCUGCCAAAAUAAACUUUAUUCCCUAUAACUUAAUGUGUAUAUAUAUAUAAUAGUUUAUUAUGUACAGUUAAUUCCACUGUUUUGGCUGCAAUAAAAUCGAUUUUGAAAUAAAUGAAAUGUUGAA